GGCGAUAGUCGCGAUUUCGCAGCCAUGCCCGAGCCGGCCAAGUCCGCGCCCGCGCCUAAGAAAGGCUCCAAGAAGGCGGUGACCAAGACGCAGAAGAAAGGCGACAAGAAGCGCAAGAAGAGCCGCAAGGAGAGCUACUCCAUCUACGUGUACAAGGUGCUGAAGCAGGUGCACCCCGACACGGGCAUCUCCUCUAAGGCCAUGGGCAUCAUGAACUCCUUCGUCAAUGACAUCUUCGAGCGCAUCGCCGGCGAGGCGUCUCGCCUGGCGCACUACAACAAGCGCUCCACCAUCACGUCGCGCGAGAUCCAGACGGCCGUGCGGCUGCUGCUGCCCGGCGAGCUGGCCAAGCACGCCGUCUCCGAGGGUACCAAGGCUGUCACCAAGUACACCAGCUCCAAGUAAAUACCUCCUCGAAAUACUGUUUAACCCAAAGGCUCUUUUAAGAGCCACUCAAUUUUUCAAGAAAAGGGCUGACAGUCAACUUAGAACACUUUA